GGGAGGCGGAGGGAAGAAGGAAGCGGCGGGAGGGGGCGGCCGGAGCGAGCUUGGAGCAUCGGGGCGGCCGGAUCGCCUUCAGUCUGGUUGCCCGGACCGGGAUGGCGGUGACGAAGAAGCUAGCCAUCCGCUUGGCCUACGCGGCGGCGGGGACACUUUCGGGGCUGUCGGCCUUCCUCGCCUGGAACCUGGCGCCCAGCUUGAGGCAGCCCUGCACCGCCGCCGCCGGGGGACUCUCCGGUGUGCUGGCGCUCUGGGCCCUAAUCACACACGUGAUGUAUGUGCAGGACUAUUGGAGGACUUGGCUGAAAGGAUUGAAGUUCUUCCUCUUUGUAGGUGUUCUCUUUGGCAUUCUCUCCGUGGUGGGCUUCUGCACAUUCCUGGCCCUGGCUAUCACACAGCAUCAGUCUCUGACAGAUCCAAAGAGCUACUACCUAUCCUGCGUCUGGAGCGUCAUCUCCUUCAAAUGGGCUUUCCUCCUCAGCUUAUACUCCCAUCGGUACCGGAAUGAAUUUGCUGACAUCAGCAUUCUCAGUGACUUCUAAGAGCCAGACCUCUUAAUCUCACCAAGGGAAGAAGACCUAAGGCUGGACACUGGAGCAAGUUCUCUCAUAGCAAGGUGCUGGCGAGAGAACAAGGAGACCUAGAGGAGCCUCACGGGGCAAUCCUUCUGCCUCUUCACCAUCCGUUUUGUUAGGGGCUCUUGCUUUUAUCCAGUUGCGUGCUGUGUUGGCUAGUUCUGUCAGUUGUAUGUGUGUUUGUCUAUCUAUCUGUGUCUCUUUGCCUUUCCUGAGAACAUUUGUCCUUUUGAGGGACAAUUCAAGACCAGGCUUUCUGUUCCAGACUCUUCUGGGCCUGUCUCUUCCUCCACCUGCACCUUCCCAUGUCUUUUGUUUUUCUUUCUUUCUUUCUUUCUUUCUUUCUUUCUUUCUUUCUUUCUUUCUUUCUUUCUUUCUUUCUUUCUUUUUUUCGGUAAGCUGGGAGAUGAAACUUGGAAAAUUGUUGGAGAGACUGGUUUUCCAUGACACUUGGCAUGUUUCCUAUCCCCUUAAUGACACAGCAGCUUUUCGCCUUUUUGCUAACCUGUAAAGUGCUUGGCAAAAGCCUGAAGAGAUGUGAAGCAAGAACCAGUUUUUACACCUUUCAUACAGAUGUAUUUUCAUAAGGUGAAGCAUGGAUCUGUUUUAAGAUAAAACUAUUUUGAACAACAUUGCUCUUCUUCUCUCCUCCCCACCCCCAACCCUGCAAUUCCUUGUGGUUGUUGGUUGUGAUUGUGAUGACUUUCAGAGGAAAAAGCGCCUGUGGAUCUUUCUGCACAUUAUUAUGUUCCACUUCACUUCAUCCUCUUUUCCUGGCACUUUUCUUAAGCUGAUGAUUUAGCAUUUUAAAAUUCAAACUGGGUGUAAGGAACUCUGUCCUUCCAGAUGUCUUGAACUACAGUUCCUAUCAGAGCUAGUGGCAGUGGAUUGUGGGACUUGUACUCCCCUAACCUGGAGUGACAAUGUUUCUGCACUUUGAUUUUGCCAGAACUAGGCACCUCUGUUGAAACUAUCUUUGAUGUUGAAGAUCAUCUAUAUAGCAUAUGAAAGAAUACAGAAUACCUUUUGAAUCUACCUUCUCACCCUGUUCCUGGAUUGAUUUGGUAAUAUCUCAUCUUCCCAUCAGGUGCUCUAUAAUCUUACAUUUAUGUGCGUGUUUAUAAAGAAGCAUAUAUUUUAGGUUAUUGAAGCUGAGGUUAUAUUUUAUGUCCCACACAUGUUUGGACCAAAGUAUAAAAUUGCUCACAGAGAUUCCUGUGAAACAUUAUAGUUCAUUUUUUGUCAUUUCAACCCAUCUUUUCAUCUAGAUCACGGAUAAGUGCCAUGAUUCUAGAUAUUACUAGGUUGCAAUCCCUAUCAGCCUAGGCAAAGAUGAAGACUGGUAGGAGUUGUUAUCCAAUAUUACAUGUGUGGCCAUACAUCUCACAUUUCCUCACCUAUGAAAAGAUGUAUGGGAAUGCACCUUUAACCAGCAAGUAAGUGGUCACUGUAUUAAAUGGAAACACAUCUGCACUUUGCUGUAUGCCUUGUGUACUUUUACUGGAACAAUAUAACUUCUAAAGAUCAAGUAUGGUUGGUGGCAGAAUUGCAGAAACAAAGUGAGCAUGACUGUCAAGAACUGGAACUAGGGCUCCCAUUUUUCUUGCCUGACCUGGAUCUACACCAAUUCUUUGGGAGGGAAAAGGUUGCUCAACUUUGCCCAAAAAUGUUCACUAGUUCUACCUUGGGGUGGAGGGGGUUAUUUUAUAGUAUAAUCCCCCUCCUUUGUUCAUCCUAUUUUGGGUGGACUGCUGAGCUUACAACUUGGGGGGCACAGUCUCCCUAUCUGUCUUGACUUCAAGUCAAACAUUCUUUUUUUUCUUCUCCCUCCCCCGGACACAAUAUGACAUUUGAGGACCAAAAUAAUUUAAAGUUGGGAGGACUUUGCAGUCCUUCAAAGUCCCAGGGGAUAGUGUGAUCACCAACCCUCUUCGAUCUGAGGCAAUGGUCUGUUUUGUGUAGGACGUUGCCCUGAAAUAAUCUCAACCAGGUUGACACUGCUAGGCUGGAUGAAUCUAUGUGAUGAUUUGAUAAGGAUGGUGGGAACCAGAUGGAUUUUUGUCCAUUCUUCAAGGAACCAUGCAAGAUAAUGGGCUUAUUAUUUGGGACAAAAGGUUCAGUACAUAUAGCCCCCUUCAGGUUUAGACUAAAAUCUAGGUCAGAUUAACUGCCCCAAGAACACUGAAAUCAUGAGCUGCUAUUCCUGCUACACCUUUUACAUGUCUUUAUGAACAGAGUGUAUGGCUCUGUGGAGGCCAUACAAUCCACCCUGUCUUUCAUGGCUGACUCAGUUUUCUCAGAUCUCUAUUAACAACAUAUUGAGAACUUUGUAAUCCCUUCAUGGAAUAAGGAGCUAUUGACCUGCUGCAUGUGAGCUCAUAACAGCUCUAAAGUAGGACCUACAAAAGCUCACAAAGCCAUUCCUGUUGGAGGCAGGAAGAGGAAGGCAGCUUCGGCAUGUCUUCUCAUCCUUUGCUCAAUAUUUCCCCUUUAAAUGGCAACCUGUGCCUUUAACAAAUGACUCACAGAGGACACUUCUAGCAGGGAUUGUGGUAGGGCUGCAGAGCACAUAGACCUGCUCAAUGACUUCUGAAUCUAGGUUGAUUCUAAAGGUAUAGAAACAUCUUGCUGAUCUUCAAUGUUAGUAGAUAUCAGAAAAGUCUUCCAGAGAGCAAGAGAGGCCAAAGGAAGACAUCCAAUUGGCUCAUGACCUGCUUUAAUUGGGUUCGAUAGUUGGAGAUAAACCGUAUUCAGCAAAUGCAAGAGUGAUGAUUAGCUGUUGUAGCAGCACCAGAGCAGGCAUGGAAAGUUGGACUCCUUUUGACAAAAACAUGUUUUUCUUCCAAGCUUCAUGAAAGCUUCAUUAUUUAGCAGGGCAUAGGAUAGUGUAUGUUCAAGCAAUGGCCUUGCACUGCAUCCAUUUGCUGCUUUUAACCCCGCUCCCCAUUUCACACCUAUUUAAUUCAACCAGCAGAUAUGUAAUACUUCUAGGUUUUACUCAAUCUCUUCUUUAAUGUUUUGUUGGGAGGCAGUUAACGCACAAAUAUCUCAUCUGGGAGAAAGCUGCCCACGCGUCACUUUUUCCCCCUUAUAUAUAAAGGGGGUGAUUAGUAAAAUGUAUGUGUCAUUGUAUUAUUUGCAGUGGAAACCUGAAAGAGUGCAUAUAGAAUCAUAUGAAUGAAUGCUUGGCAUCCUGGAUGGUGGAACAAUGCGCAAAUGUUUCAUUUAUGAUCAGAGAGAAGUCCUGAUCACAAUGUAUAGGAUCAGGUAUACACCUAUACAGAGACUGGAUGGUGCUCAUGUACUGGUUCUUGUACAUAGCUUACUAUAAGGGAAUUGUGCUGACCAUACGUAAUAGGUCAAAAACACACACUGACAUUAGAAAACAGAAUGCAUCCAUAUGUACUGUUUCAAGUAUGUACCCUACCAUUGGGUAGUAUUGAAGCAGCCGUCUUUGAGCAUUUGUUUUAAAAAGCAGUGGAAUUUCAUAUAGUUGAAUUCAUUAGGGAUGGAGUAAUCUGUGGAAUUUGCAUUUCAGUGUAGUCUUACCUAAAUUUGCACUUCUGAAGCAAUACACAGACCUUUAAAAUGUGACCCACAUAAAUUUAGUGGCAUUCUCUCUUCAAAAUGUGUGUUCAUAAAUUCAUCUAUUGGAGGGAAAUGCAAAUUCGUUUAAAAAAUUCAAAAUUCAUUCUGUCCAGAAGCUUAUAUACAAAGAGGCACACCAUAGCUACCUAAGCCCCCAACAAAGAAUACCCUUUUUAUAAAAGAUAUCUAACUAGCCUCCCUGGUUCCCCCUCAUCCUUUUGUCUAGCUAAACGUUUUUACACAUUAUUGGUACCCUGAGACUAGUGAAGGAGAGUUAGCGAAACAUAGGAUCUUGGUGCUGUAUUGCAGUAGUGUGUCUGCAGUAAAUAAAGCUUGAGCUGGUAAACAAUGGGAUUCUGCUGUAGCUAAUCCUACUUUGGCUGUAUAUAUUUGAUUGAGUAGACCAGCUGCCUCCAGAAUCCUUUACUGAGUGUGUAUGAACAGACAAACAGAAAGAACAGGAGAAAACAAAUAAGCCUGUCUCAUCAACCACCCCCAUUAGUUUAAAGAAACAUUGGUUAGAAUUUUGGUCAUCAAACUGAAAAUUGUGGGGGAAAAGAAGGCUGUUAUCAGUGGAGGAAAAUCUCUAAAUGGAUUUUGGGAAAAAAAAACUGUUGGGAAGAUUCAAAAUAUUGGUUGACUUAUGCAAGUCUUAACUGAGCUGGUUGUUUUUAUUUCAUAUGUCCAUAUUGUUAGUUUUGAAUAAAAAAACAAUUUGCUAAA